CGUGAUCUCAAACCUGGAAAGACUGUUGAGUUGUGAGAGUGUGAUGUUACAACCUCGGUUUCUGUAGGGGUCCUCACGUUGCAUUCUGUAAAUUAUUUUACUUAAUUUAAUUUUGCAAACUCACAUUACUCGCGGAAAGCCGUGCAGUCUUUCGAUAUGGAGGCCUUGCUUAGUCUUGUCGAAGUGCCACUGUAUUGGGUCGGUGCUUUCACCGCGGCCUGGGUGUCGUUGUGGCUAGUGUACAAAUUGCUCUUCGGGCUUCGGGUAUGGGUUCUGGGCAACGGGCAGCUGAUUUCAACGAAGCUUGGAAAAUGGGCAGUUGUGACGGGGGCGACGGACGGCAUCGGGAAAGCCUACGCGGAAGAGCUCGCUCGCCGGGGAUUUGCCGUGAUGCUGAUCAGUCGGUCUCAGGAGAAGCUGGACGAUGUGGCCAAGUCCCUCGAGAGCAGAUUCAACGUGGAGACCAAGACCAUCGCCGUGGACUUCAGCGCCACAGACAUCUACCCCAAGAUUGAGGCGGGACUGGCGGGCCUGGAGGUUGGGGUGCUGGUCAACAACGUUGGGAUUUCGUACACGUACCCGGAGUUCUUCCUCAACAUCCCCGAUGUGGACAAUUUUAUCAACACCAUGAUCAAUGUCAACAUCACUUCAGUUUGCCAGAUGACCCGUCUGGUGCUGCCCCGGAUGGUGGAGAGGUCUAUGGGCGUGGUCCUCAACAUCUCUUCUGCCAGUGGAAUGUACCCAGUUCCCCUGCUGACCAUCUACUCCUCCACCAAGGCUUUUGUGGACUUCUUUUCCCGCGGACUUAACGCUGAGUACAAGAGCAAAGGAAUCAUCAUUCAGAGUGUCCUGCCUUUCUUUGUGGCCACCAAGAUGACUAAGAUCAGGAAGCCCACCCUGGACAAGCCCACCCCCGAGCGCUACGUCGCUGCCGAACUCACCACCGUGGGGCUGGAGAGCCAGACCAACGGGUACUUUCCCCACGCCGUCAUGGGCUGGAUCACCGCCGUUCUGGCCCCCAACAGAGUGGUGCUCUACUUCGGCAUGAAGAUGGGCACGGCUCAGCGCGCUGGCUACCUGAGGAGGAGGAAGCAGCGCUAAGGACCGCCAUCCCGCCAGGAGGAACGGGGGCGACCAGGGGGAGGGAGUGAGGGGGGAGGGAGAGGGAGAGGGAGGGAGGGAUGGAGAGCGAGGGGAAAGGAGAGAUGAACUUGUAGCUCCACCUGCUCCUUUACUUUGACUACCAAGGACCAAAGGCAGUGGUGUCAGAGCUGUUUGGCUAAAUCUGUCUACUUGAGGUGUGCGUGCGUCCGUCUGUGUGUGUGUGUGUGUGUGUGUGUGUGUGUGUGUGUGUGUGUGUGUGUGUUGUGUGUGUCAAUUUGCUGGGUAUGGUAGUGGGCAGAGGAGCAGGUUUUUUUUUUUUUGUUUUUUUUGUUUUGGUGGGUAGUGUUCACCCUGGGAGGUGGGGGGGGGGGGAGCGGGGGGGUGGUUGGUCCUAUGAAAUGAGGACCAUGCCCAGUCAAUGACCAAUCAGAAAUCAGAAUGGUCAUAAACUGGCAGGGUAACUGUCUAGGGCAUCUACGAACUAUGAAUAAUUGCAACUAAUUUCUCCUUGGCUUGAAUUUCCCGCUUUAUAUACUGAAGAUGCUUGCAUACAACUUAUCCAGUGGUGAGCUUGUCUGAUAUGGGUGGCACAGCGUGGAGGGCAAAGCUUGGGUGCUUGCGGGAGAGUUAUUUUAUUAAAUGUAUUAUGGGUGAGCCUUUCUGACAGUGCGUUGGUCUGAUCCAGAGCGAGAACUAAAUUUUGCACAAUUACAAGAGUCUCACAAAUGAAUGCUAAACUCAAUCACUGCUACCGAAAAAAGGCUGGUUUGUAAUUUUUUUUUUUUUUUACGUGCAUCUAAAAUAUUUGUGUGUAUGCGUGUGUGUAAAAUAAUGAACUGCUAAGGGGGUUGACUGGCAAACGCACAACACACUGAUAUCGGUCUCCAGUCUCCUGCCCGUUUCAUCUGCCGCUCCAAAGAUUGACUGGUGUGCUUGACGGGGGUUUUUGGUACUGAUGCCAGAGAUUCUUUACUCUCUCCUCGCAAUUUAAACUCACUGUCAUUUAAAAUCAUGUCGUACGUUAUGCAUAUAUUGGGGGUGUUGGUCUUGUUAAAUGAAUAGAGAUUCUGGUACAGAUGUAUUUGAUCUUGUACUACUUUGGGUUUUAUUUAUUAAAAUAAAUUUUUCUGAACGUG